GAUUGACAUCCCUACAAAUCACAACUAUCCCCACUAUCCCCGCCUCACUAACUCAUGAAAAUAACUAAACUUCCAAAAAUUGAUUUCAAACCCUAAAAUCCGAUCCACCGCUGUCAGCAGCUCAAUUGGUUGAUCAAAGCAGGUACCUCUCUCCCAUCUUCAAUUCCAGAGUUUGGGGACACAGCAGCAGAUUCAAGAAAAGGUAUUUUAUGGAAGAUGAUUUCACCUUAUAUUUGUUUUUUAUAGUGAAGAUAUUGAUUGAAUUUUGUUGGUGUGAUUACUGAAAUCCAUGUUUAUGCUUAAAAUUGCUUAAAUCGAAUUUUGAAAUUGUUGCUGAAAUCACGUUUAUUUAAAUAUGGCCGCAUCUCCCGAUUCUUACAUUCUCGCAUCGCCUCACUGGCUCCACACCGUCGAAGAGGCCGCCUUUGGCGCAUACACAAAAAUCUUACAGAGGCCCACAUAUUGGUGCGCUUCAGCGUCGCCUUGCCUUGCCUUGAGGCGCGCCGCAAGGCAAAAAAAGAAAUCUUGGAUUGAUGGGCACAUCUGCAGAAGAAGUGUAUGCAGCAUUCUUGGAAAAGGUUAAAAGGACAAUUUAUGUGGAUAACUUGUCACCCCAAGUUACUGAACCUGUGGUGAGAACUGCUUUUAAUCAGUUUGGGUAUGUGAAGAGUGUUCAGUUCAUCUCCAUCUAUCUGGAAUCGAAGAAUGCGCCACAAGCUGCUCUCGUGGAGAUGGAAAACCCGAAACAGGCGAGCUCAAUCAUAACUGAGAUGGGGAGUUACCCUUUCAUGAUACUAGGGAUGCCAAGGCCUAUCAGGGCGUCUGCAGCUCGAUUGGAAAUGUUUGAUGAUCGUCCCAGAAAACCAGGACGGAAGAUACUAUGUCGUUGGUUGGACCCUAAAGAGCCCGAGUUUCAGGUAGCCAAGAAACUCAAGUGUGCAGUCAGAAAACAUGCUGCAGAAACAUUAGCAAUGCUUGAGGUUAAUUUGGAACAACGAGCAGAGGAAGAGAAACUUGCAAGCCAGCAAAGUGAGACAUUGCUAGCACAAUACAAGAAGUAUGAUCUGUUGCAGGCAGUCUUUGAAGAUGGGAGUGCUAAACGUUUGGGAAGACACUAUGAGAUGCCUGUUGCAGAUGCAUGAUCGCAAUUUAUGGCGAAUCUGUAGGAAGCCAAUUUAGGAUGUAGAAAACCUUCGCAUUUUACUGCGAAUUUGUAGGUAGCCAAUUUAGCAUGUAGAAAACUUUUGUAGUGGUAAUAUAUUCACUCCCAAAUCCCUGCAAAUUGUUUGGAUUUUCUCUUUUGACAUUAGCUCUAUUUAAUGAAAGUUUUCACUGCUAUGUUUGUUAGAUGAACCUCCAGUAGAUGCUAUGUAAAUUUUUAUUUUAUGAGAGAAAUGAGAUUCAGAGUCUUCACUAUGACUCUCCUUGCAAA